CUCAGGUACCUCGGCGGGCUCCCCCCUGCGCCGGACCCUCAGUUUCUUACUGGGCAUGACUGGAAAGGCCAAGACCCGGGAGAAGGAGAAGAUGAAGGAAGCCAAGGACGCCCGCUAUACCAACGGGCACCUCUUCACCACCAUCUCCGUGUCGGGCAUGACCAUGUGCUAUGCCUGCAACAAGAGCAUCACGGCCAAGGAGGCCCUCGUCUGCCCCACCUGCAAUGUGACUAUCCACAACCGCUGUAAAGACACCCUCGCCAACUGUACCAAGGUCAAGCAGAAGCAACAGAAAGCUGCCCUGCUGAAGAGCAGCACAGCCCUGCAGUCCGUUUCACUUCGCAGUAAGACCGCCCCCCGGGAGCGGCCGAGCUCCGCCAUCUACCCCUCCGACAGCUUCCGGCAGUCCCUGCUCGGCGCUCGCCGCGGCCGCUCCUCCCUGUCUUUAGCCAAGAGCGUCUCCACCACCAACAUCGCUGGACACUUCAGUGACGAGUCCCCCCUGGGGCUGCGCCGAAUCCUGUCCCAGUCCACAGACUCCCUCAACAUGCGGAACCGGGCCCUGUCCGUGGAGUCGCUCAUUGAUGAAGGUGGAGAGGUGAUCUACAGCGAGCUGAUGAGUGACUUUGAGACGGACGAGAGGGACUUUGCAGCCGACUCCUGGAGCCUAGCUGUGGACAGCAGUUUCCUGCAGCAGCAGAAGAAGGAGGUGAUGAAGCAGCAGGAUGUCAUCUAUGAGCUCAUCCAGACGGAGCUGCACCACGUGCGGACGCUGAAGAUCAUGACGCGCCUCUUCCGCACGGGGAUGCUGGAAGAGCUGCAGCUGGAGCCGGGAGUGGUCCAGGGCCUGUUCCCCUGCGUGGACGAGCUCAGUGACAUCCACACGCGCUUCCUGGGCCAGCUGUUGGAGCGUCGGCGCCAAGCCCUGUGCCCCGGCAGCACCAGGAACUUUGUCAUUCCCCGCCUGGGGGACCUGCUCAUCAACCAGUUCUCAGGACCCAGCGCAGAGCAGAUGCGGAAGACCUACUCCGAGUUCUGCAGCCGCCACACCAAGGCCUUAAAGCUCUAUAAGGAGCUGUAUGCUCGGGACAAACGCUUCCAGCAGUUCAUUCGGAAGGUGACCCGCUCGGCCGUACUCAAGCGGCAUGGGGUGCAGGAGUGCAUCCUGCUGGUGACCCAGCGCAUCACCAAGUACCCGGUGCUCAUCAGCCGCAUCCUCCAGCACUCCCACGGGACCGAGGAGGAGCGCCGGGACCUGACCACGGCCCUGGGGCUGGUGAAGGAGCUACUGUCCAACGUGGACCAGGAUGUGCACGAGCUGGAGAAGGGAGCCCGCCUGCAGGAGAUCUACCACCGCAUGGACCCUCGGGCCCAGACCCCCGUGCCCGGCAAGGGCCCGUUCGGCCGCGAGGAGCUUCUGCGGCGCAGGCUCAUCCAUGACGGCUGCCUGCUCUGGAAGACGGCGACGGGCCGCUUCAAAGAUGUGCUGAUGCUGCUGAUGACAGACGUGCUGGUGUUUCUCCAGGAGAAGGACCAGAAGUACAUCUUCCCGGCGCUGGACAAGCCCUCGGUGGUAUCACUGCAGAACCUGAUCGUGCGGGACAUCGCCAACCAGGAGAAGGGGAUGUUUCUGAUCAGCGCGGCGCCCCCCGAGAUGUACGAGGUGCACACGGCGUCCCGGGACGACCGGAGCACCUGGAUCCGGGUCAUCCAGCAGAGCGUGCGCGUAUGCCCAUCCAGAGAGGACUUCCCGCUGAUUGAGACCGAGGACGAGGCUUACCUACGUCGAAUCAAGAUGGAGCUGCAGCAGAAGGACCGGGCGCUGGUGGAGCUGCUGCAGGAGAAGGUCGGGCUGUUUGCCGAGAUGACCCAUUUCCAGGUGGAAGACGACGGUGGGGGGGUGACCCUGCCCACCCUGCCCAGGGGCCUCUUCCGCUCUGAGUCCCUGGAGUGCCCUCGUGGCGAGCGGCUGCUGCAGGAUGCCAUCCGUGAGGUGGAGGGCCUGAAGGACCUCCUGGUGGGGCCCGGCGCGGAGCUGCUCCUCACACCCCGGGAGCCGGCCUUGCCUGUGGACCCCGACGGCGGGGGCAGCACGAGUCCUGGGCUCACUGCCAAUGGUGAGGCCAGAACCUUCAAUGGCUCCAUCGAGCUCUGCCGGGCGGACUCCGACUCUAGCCAGAAGGAUCGGAAUGGAAAUCAGCUGCGGGCUCCCCAGGAGGAAGCCUUACAGCGACUGGUCAAUCUCUAUGGACUCCUGCACGGCCUCCAGGUCAGUGGGUGGGGAGCAGAACUAGGCGGCGGCCGGGGGGCGGGGGCAGGUGGGCAGGCUCACAAGGCGCUCAGCAGUGCCACCCUGGCUGAGCUCAUUCCUCAGCCUGCUGCCUUUCCUGCCGGCCCGUCACAGCCCAGCCGAGGCCACGACCGUCUGGAUUUGUCUGUGACCAUUCGCUCUGUCCAUCGACCCUUUGAGGACCGAGAGAGGCAGGAGCUGGGCAGCCCCGAGGAGCGGCUGCAGGACAGCAGUGACCCCGAUACGGGCAGCGAGGAGGAAGGGGGCAGCCGCCUGUCCCCGCCCCACAGUCCACGAGACUUCACCCGAAUGCAGGACAUCCCGGAAGAGACAGAGACUCGCGACGGGGAGCCUGUGGCUUCAGACAGCUAAGGGGCUCCUCCCCCGGCCUGUGCCCCCAUGAAGAACCCACGAGGGAGGCACACUCUGGGGGCUGCCAUCGGCCGAUGACGAGGGGAGAGGGGACGUUGGAACUGCUGAUGCCUGCCUGCGGCCGCCGCCAGCUCCUGGGCUCCUCGACCCCCGCUGCGCGCAGGAAGCAGACGGAACUGGGCCGCAGCGCCCCCUGGUGGCAUCCAGAAGCGACACCACAGAUGCCAGUUUUUCAUGCCUUCUGCCCUCUACUUUAGGAAAACUUAUUUAUUUAUUAUUAGUGACGCAGGGAGUGGGGAGAUUAGAGCACCAGGGACACGGGAACCAAGCCAUAGGGAUCAGGGGGCCUUGUCCUGUAACACUACUGGGGUUUAUUCAGGCUUAACCACGCAGCUGCUGGGUUCUAACCCUGACCCUCCUCCUGGGCAACAUGGAGGAGGAGAGGCUGCACCCAGGACCCUGCGAACCCCCUCGGAAGGGCUGUGGGCGGGGCCCCGCCCCGCCCCCUCGUACUGCGGUCCUCCCUUCUCUGUCCUCUGCGGGACCCCCAGGGAGACAGCCCGGCUCCCCUGCGCUGACGCUGACGGAGUGGGGGCUGAGGUGCCCUCACAGCUUUGUGGGGGGGUGAGGGGAACACCCACGGGACCAGAAUGUUUUUUUGUUGUUGUUGUUUUCUUUUUUGUACCAAAGCCAACUGCACGUGUUUUGUAUUUUUAAGAGAUGAUUUGAGGCAGUCAGGAGUCACAGCCUUCUGUCUCCGCACAUCAGCAGAGCGGGAGGGGGGUGGGCACCACUUCCUCAUCUGCAGUAACGGGGGCUCUUCUGACCUCCUCUCCAGCUGUGUGGGAAAACUGUCCUAGGGUGAGUUGGGAAAUCUCCGUGAAGCCUGACCUCAUCCCCACCUCAGCGACCAUGACUGAAACCUCAGUGUGAAUUUUGGGGAUUUUUCAACGGACCCCCAGUGCCCACCAGCCCCAUUUUCUGCCAAUUUGAUUGUUUAAGAAAAAAAAAGAUAAAGCAGGGAAAAUUAAAGACCUGGGACCCCACGAA